AUGCUAAACAACGUCUUGCCAGUCAACCUCGCCCUAUCCUUUGCUCGCCGUGGCAUCCGGACUGGCAUUCUCGAUACCGACAUCUUCGGCCCUUCUGUUCCUACCCUCCUCAAUCUCUCCGGCGAACCUCGACUCGACGAAAAUAACUGUCUCGUCCCUCUAACAAACUAUGGCCUCAAGUCCAUGUCAAUGGGCUACCUCCUCCCCCAGACACAAGCCGACAGCACAACCGGCGAACUACCAAUGGACACGACCCCAAUCUCAUGGCGCGGACUAAUGGUAACAAAAGCGAUGCAUCAACUCCUCCACUCAGUAUCAUGGGGCCCCCUCGAUGUCCUAAUUCUCGAUCUUCCCCCUGGAACAGGCGACGUCCAACUCACAAUUAACCAAGAAGUGAUCAUUGACGGUGCGGUGAUUGUCUCAACCCCACAAGAUAUCGCUCUGCGCGACGCAGUCCGCGGAAUCGGCAUGUUCCAAAAGAUGGACGUCCCCGUUCUCGGAAUGGUGCGCAAUAUGGCAUACUUUGCGUGUCCACAGUGUGGGCAUCAGACUCGCAUUUUCUCGCAUGGUGACAACCACCACCACACCCAUGGUGAGAAUCACGGUGUUGUGGCUCAGUGCAAGCGGCUCGGAGUGGACUUCCUCGGCGACAUUCCGCUCGAUGCUCAGGUGUGCGAGGAUGCUGAUCGCGGUGUGCCGACUGUGGUUGCAGAGGAGAAUGUUGAACGCAGUGCAAGGCGGGAGGCUUUCCUUGGCGUUGCUGAGCAAGUGGCUCGGAAGAUUGGGCUUGAUUGGCGAUGA